CUCGAUUUUUGCACUGGACUGUUACGAAGAUGUCGUCUCCCACCAGAAUCUCGCAACUCGCACUGUUGAUCGCUCAGUAUACUGCAAAUCUUGAUAGAUUCUUUGUCGAGAGCAAGCUGCCAACACCCUCGUUCGAACCGGACGCGCUGUCAUCUUUGCCAAUACCUGACGAUCUCAAAGAAGUCAAGGCAGCGCAACUGGAACUCAUCGAAGCCUGCGCAGAGCUCCAAGCACUUGUGACUGGCCUUAAAGAGUGUCUGCAUGUCGAUUACACGGCGUAUGUUAGCAUCCGCAUUAUCCUUUGCUUCAAAUUAGACAAAUCUUUUGCAGUAGGCGAGUCAAGCACCUUUAAAGCUAUGUUAAGAUUUUUAGGCUUGAGCGUUAUAAACAUUAAACGGAUUGUGCGACAUGUAAUCUUGAAUUAUUGCUUCUUCUAA